AGCAUGUGAGUUGUAAACGAUUUACACAAUAUUCAGUGGAAAUGAGCUACGAAAGGCAAUGCUAGGAGACUGACAGCAUAUUGGGAUUGUGCCUAACGCAAUCGGGAAGAUGGCUGUGUUGCAUUCAGCGUGGAAAAAUGUGGGAAAAGUGACCGUGGUGUUGCUGAGUCUAGUGACUCUGCUCCAAAAUGGAGGCUCUGCGGCAAGCGGACAGACUUACACACAAGUGCAUGGUAACGUUGAAGGUUUACCUCACCAUCAAAAAUGCGAGCACAUAACCAUACCUCUGUGCAAAGACAUACAGUAUAACGAAACGAUCAUGCCGAAUUUGCUGAAUCACCAAAAACAGGACGAUGCUGGGUUGGAAGUUCACCAGUUCUUUCCGCUGGUAAAAGUGCAGUGCAGUCAACAUUUGAAGUUUUUCCUCUGCGCCAUGUACGUUCCCGUUUGUACGGUGCUCGAAGAAGCCAUCCCGCCGUGCAGAUCUUUGUGCGAACAGGCCAGAAGUGGCUGCGAAAGUCUUAUGAACAAGUUCGGCUUUCAGUGGCCCGAAAGUUUACGAUGUGAAAAGUUCCCCAAGGCGGGGUUAUGUGUCGGCGAAAACAACACUGAACCAACAACGGAGUCCCCUGUUAACCCAGGAAAGACACAAAAGCCUUGGUUCCCCAAAGUUCCAGACGGCGGCAAGAGAAACAGAACAAGGCCCCCAGUGGAUCCCCAUUCUGGAGUUUACGAUGUGGCUUGUCCACCAGUUUACGUCACCAGAGAGCAUGAUCAGUACAAAUUCAAACUGGACGGCAAAGAAGUUCGGCAAGAAUGCGGAGCUCCUUGUCAUAAUAUGUUUUUCCAACAGAAUCAACGAAGAUUUUCACGCUUGUGGAUUGGUAUAUGGUCAAGUGUUUGUCUAGCAUCAACUUUAUUCACAGUUCUGACGUUUUUAAUUGACAUGACCAGAUUUCGGUAUCCGGAACGACCGAUUAUUUUCUUGUCAGGAUGUUACUUUAUGGUGUCGACUGCUUAUGUGACAGGAUUUAUUCUUAACGAUAAGGUGUCCUGCCAGCCACCAUUCGAACCUCCCACAGAUGAUUUCGACAAAAAUAACAUGCAGUCUGUAAUCACCCAAGGAACCAAAGAGGAAGGAUGUACGAUACUGUUCAUGAUGCUGUACUUUUUCAGCAUGGCUAGCUCCAUCUGGUGGGUGAUAUUGACACUAACAUGGUUCCUGGCAGCUGGUAUGAAAUGGGGUCACGAAGCCAUCGAAGCAAACUCACAAUAUUUUCAUUUGGCAGCAUGGGCAGUUCCAGCAAUGAAGACCAUAGCCAUUCUCGCUAUGGGGCAAGUUGAAGGCGAUGUGCUCAGUGGAGUUUGUUUCACAGGAAUUUUCGAUGUUGACACACUUCGUGGAUUUAUCCUGGCACCGUUGGUCGUGUAUCUGGUCAUCGGUACAACGUUCCUGCUGGCAGGGUUUGUCUCCCUUUUCCGUAUUAGAACAAUCAUGAAGAGUGAUGGAACAAAAACAGACAAACUGGAAAAGCUGAUGGUUCGCAUAGGCAUAUUUUCAGUGCUAUAUACUGUUCCUGCCACAAUAGUCAUCGCAUGUUAUUUCUACGAGCAAUCUGGGCGUGCCCAGUGGUAUGCCGAUUGGUAUGCCAUGGCAUGUAAUCGCUUUCACAUGCUCUUCCCAGAUUAUUAUGUGUAUACUAAUAGUGACUUCAGAUGCCCUGUUGAAAGGACUCGACCUGUUUACCCAGAAUUCACUGUAUUUAUGAUUAAGUACCUCAUGGCCGUGAUUGUGGGAAUCACUUCGGGAUUCUGGAUAUGGUCCAGAAAAACUGUGAGCUCGUGGAAAAAAUUCUACUGCAAGUUGUUCAAACCCAGACGGAAUGAGUCGGUUGUUUGAAAUUUAUUGUGUUAAAAAAACUGUUCAUGACAGGCUGCUAAUGGCCUUCAGUUACAAGUACUUAUUUAUGUUUUCAUCCACCUUUCAAGUUUUAGAACAAGAUCAAAGUUACGUGGUCCUGCAGUGGAUCUUCUGUAAGCAACUGUUCAAUGAAUGCGAGGAAGUUUUUUUUCUCAUGCGACAUCAGUUAUAAAGUGUAGGCUGAGUGUUGAUUUCCUUGCGGAAGCUAUAUAGGUUUACACUACUGGGUUUCUGGUGUGUUUUUCCCCCUCAGUGGAUGGCAAACAGAAGUGUGUAGAGUCAAGUAUGUCAUGACGAUACCAUCAGUAUGGCUUCGCUUACAGCAACUCUGUGGUUCAAAUUUCCUCCCUGCAUAUUUGAGCCGAGCCAGUGAGGUAGCCAGGGAGAAAGGAGAGAGUAGUACCAGAUUCUAUUCACUGUGUUUGAGGAUAGAGAUUUACUGCCAUCUUUGUGUUCUCAAUGUAGCAGUUGUAUAGAUCUAAACCCAGAAAUGUUUCAGAUUUUUUUGCUUAUUAACUGCAGUGAUUGAAAGAGAGAAAGAUUUGCAAACACAGUUACUAUUGGUGGACUCACCAACAGCCC